UCUCUGACGCAGAUAUGCUUAAGUUUGGCCAUCUGUUGGACGUCAGCGAACGCCAAGAUCUACGACAAUCGCUUCAAAUCCACCGACGAUCAUUCAUGGAUUCGUAGAAGCCGCGAAGCUCCUUACGACUUUGCCUCCUCUUCAGAACCUCUUCCUCCAUCUUACGCCAGCUUCUUAGAAUCACGAAGGAACCAUCGUGCGGCGUUCGACUCCUCAGAUUCCGUCAAACCCAAAGACUGGUUCUCGUUUUCGGCCAGCAAGAAGGUUCCCACUGAAAACAAAAAUUUGAAAAAAGUAUCAUCUCCAUUCUACACCAUCACUGACAAAGACUCCCAAAAAUACAAGGACAUGGUGAUGAAAUCUGGCGUUCCAUAUUGCCAAGAGAUCAAAACCAGACGUGUGAAUAAGGACAGCGACGCUAAAGACAGCAUGAUCUGCUACAAAUGCAAAAAUCCUAAAAAUGGGGCCAGCUACGAGCAGUGCUCUUACGCUUCACAACCUUCCACCGGUUCCAGCAAUGUCGAACAAAGGCCUUCAAGGUUCAGGAACAGGAGAUCCAACUCUGACGAGGCGUUCCCAGGUUUCAAAGAUUACAGAAGAGAUGACAAUCCAUACAGGUUCAACGACAAGAUAUUUUCAGAGGCCACAGACGAUGUUCCGGCAGAGUAUAAGAACAAAAACGAAAAAUGUGAGAAGGUGAUCAAGGAUUCCAUGAUGUGCAUGGUAUGCAAAGAUACGAAGAGUAACGCUAAGUACGAGCAAUGCACCUACAUCAGACAACCGGCAGAGAAGAAAUAUACCUAUACGAAAUCUAGCUCUCUCAAAAGUCCUAAAGAAUCCGAAGAAAAUGGGAAAAGAUCUAACAGGAGAUAUUUUGAAACUAAACCAGUCAAGGAGGAACACUCCAGUUCUGAAGAUAAAGAAGACAAGGAAGAAGAAAAGGAAUCUCGAGAAGAAUACAAAGACUCGACCAGCAAUUGCAAGAAGAUCCAAAAAGAUUCGAAGACUUGCACGGUCUGUAAAGAUCCCAAAACAGGUGGAAAUUAUGAGAGAUGCUCGUAUGCCUAUGAGCCAAAUGAUAAAGUUUAUAAAUUUAGCAGGACCAAGAGUUUUGGAUAUCCCGCAAGUUCUUCCAAAGAUGACGAUUCUAGUGAGUCCAGUCAGGACGAAGAGAAGAGAUCUAAAAGCGAACUCGAGGAAUACAAGAGAGACUAUUCCAUUCCUGAAAGCUACUACGACAAGAGUCACUCCUCUCCGUUAACUACUUACUUCAAGGAUGACGAAUCUAGGCCCAGUUAUCGUCAAGCUGCUUCCCAAAACUCUAAGUUAAUCUCCGACGAUGAUGAUUAUUUAUCCGGCUACGAGAAAUCUAAGUCAGAAUCUGAGAAAGUUGCCAAAAGUAUCGAACCGAGCCACUGCAAAGAAGUUCAGAAAGAUUCCAUGACUUGCAAGAUCUGCAAAGAUCCUAAGACCGGAAGCAAUUCCGAGCAAUGUUCGUAUAAAUAUCAGCCGAGCGAUAAAAGCUACUCUUACUCGAAAUCUAGAUCGAUUGGCAGCCCAACAGAAUCAAACGACAAAUCUUACGAUGAAUCUGAGAAGAAAGAGACUCAAAAGUUGCCCUACGAGAAGGAAGGUUAUGAUUACUCUUCUGAUAAAAGUUCCUACAUUACCGAUCAAGCCGGCGAAAGAGAAUUUCCAACUUCCGAUGAAUCCAAAUCUGAAGUAAUGGAAAAACCGUUAAAAUCUGCUCCAAAGAAAAGCGAUGUAGGUUUCUACGAUGCAUUUAAAAAGAAAGAGGAGAUCCAGAAGGUUCUUCAGGAAUUUCAAAAGGAAGAUCGUUCCAAUUGUAAGAAAUUAAUGAGAGAUAAAAUGACUUGCUAUCAGUGUGUCGACGAUAACGGAUUCAAAAAAGAGGAAUGUGCUUUUGUGACUUCGGAAGAACCAGGCGAGGAAAAAAUUAAUCGCGAGGAACCGAGCAAAAAAAUUCCCAGGUCGGUUAUUGAAAAUCUGGAUGAUGUACCUAUCGAACCAGAAGCUGCUGCCAGUGAGAAGGUCUACGUGCAACGAGAAUUACCACCUAACAAGAGUUCUGGAAAGACUGAGGCGUCCAAGGAGACUGAACCAUAUGAAUACGUAGAGGAAACUAAACCUGUGUUCGAUAAGAUUCUUGGAUUCACACUUCCAGCGUACAUGCUGAGUACUUCUGAGCACGAAGAGGAGUUUGAUAAGAUUAUGUCAGGAAAAAUUUGAAAAUAAUAUUUUAUUUUUAUCUUUUUAUAUCUUUUUGCUAGAUUUGACGAUGGUUGAUCGCUUGUAGAUAAAAUAGAAUCUAACUAAUUCUAAUAAUUAGUUAGAAUUAGAGUUCUUAUUUGGAAUUUCAAAGUUGAAAGCUAAAGAUUAUUAUCGAGAAAUUGUAAUUGAUAAAGAAAAUAAUUAUAUAUAUAUACAUAUUUUUAAAUUAUAAAUUUAAAUUUAAAUUUAGUUUAUAAGAGAUGUAAUAAUAAUACUGAAUACUCGUUGUAUGGUUUGUAAUUAAAAAUUACAAGUUAUAUUUAAGAUAUGAUGAAAUUAAUUUCUAUCUAUUUAUGUGGAAUUGCGUUAUAGUUAUGCUCGAUCGAACACGAAAUUAGAAACUUGAUGUAACAAGUUUUUACGAGAUAUCUUUUUCCAUAUUUUCUAUAUGUAGCGGAAAAAAGAAUGGCGAAUUUCUUGUUCCAUGUUUUGCGAGAAGAAAGUGAAGAUACGAGAGUCUGUCCAUGUUUUAUUUCGUCGUGGAUGGAUGACUGUGGAUAAAGAAACAUUUCUCGAUGAAAUGUAACAGUUGAAUCAGGAAGCACAGUGUUUUUUUAUCAUUGGUUUAUUCGUUAGGUGAGAAAUUUCCCGCCGUUUUAACCGUUUCUAUUAUUUCUUUCGAGUAAAUGGUUGGAUAGCUAUCCAUCUAGAAAAUCAAUAUUUCUUUUCCUAUAAUUUUCUUGUUCAACCUUAAAACCACAUAAAUAGAAACGCUAAAAUCAUAGAAAAUAUUUCGACUAUAUAUCUUUUAAUUAAAUUAUUAAAUAAUUUUCAAUAUCGAGAA